UCAGUUCCGGGGUUUCACAACCGCUUCUGUCUCCGUUGUUUUGUGUCAAAGUUCAUUCGAUAAAACCAGGAGAAUGUAACAAAAUAUGCGACGAACGUGAUAAAAGUGGCAGCUGCGUAUUCUUUGGUUUAACGUGAGACCUUCAAAUCGUAUUUUAGCUUUCCGGUUUUAUCUUUCAAGCCGUCCAAGUCCUGCUAAGUGUACUAUUUGACAAUGAACAGAUUAAAGAUAGUUUUUGGACACCUGUCACCGGCGAAAACAUACAGUUUACACAACAGUACGUCUUUGAGAAGUUCUGAAUGCAGCGCGUUCUCACAGACGAGUGGAGAUGACAUUGUUGUGGUCCACGGUAUUAGAACUGCAAUCGGCAAAGCUAAAAGAGGGGCAUUUAAGGACACCACCCCUGACGAGUUGCUAAGUGCUGUGAUGUCGGCCGUGCUGAAAGAUGUGGGCCUGCCACCAGACAAACUGGGGGAUGUCUGUGUUGGUAAUGUUCUGCAGCCUGGGGCAGGAGCUCUGCUGGCCCGAGUGGCUCAGUUUCUCAGCGGGUUCCCAGACUCAGUACCUGUCUACACAGUGAACAGACAGUGCUCCUCUGGGCUGCAGGCUCUUUUCAACAUUGCAGGCAGCAUCAGAAAUGGAUCUUAUGACCUGGGUCUUGCAUGUGGGGUGGAGAGCAUGAGUCUGCGCUCAGCAGGGAACCCUGGGGAUAUCGGCUCCAGGUUGAUGGACUUUGAGAAGGCCCGGGACUGUAUCAUUCCCAUGGGAAUCACCUCAGAGAACGUGGCGGAGAGAUUCGGAAUCUCACGGGAGAAGCAGGAUGCCUUUGCUCUGAGCUCGCAGCAGAAAGCAAACAGGGCACAGAAGCUGGGCCUGUUUGGUCAGGAGAUUACUCCGGUCACCACCAAGUUUGUGGGCGAGGAUGGAACAGAGCGCACGGUCACGGUCACCAAGGACGAAGGAAUCCGGGCUGGCACCACACUAGAGGGCCUGAGCAAACUCAGACCGGCCUUCAAACCUGAUGGGAGCACCACUGCAGGCAACGCCAGCCAGGUGAGCGACGGGGCGGCAGCCGUGCUGGUGGGCCGGAGGUCUGCGGUGGAGGCCCUGGGUCUGCCUGUUUUGGGGGUCCUGAGGGGGAGCGCGGUGGUCGGUGUGCCUCCAGACGUGAUGGGCAUCGGACCGGCCUACGCCAUCCCCGCAGCCCUGGAGAAGGCAGGUCUGACUGUUGCUGAUAUUGAUGUCUUUGAAAUCAACGAGGCCUUUGCUAGUCAGGCUGUGUACUGCGUGGAGAAACUGGGCAUACCCUUGGAAAAAGUCAAUCCCAACGGAGGAGCCAUCGCCCUGGGCCACCCGCUGGGUUGCACUGGGGCGCGACAGGUGGUCACCCUGCUCAACGAGCUCCAGCGCAGGGGCAAGAGGGCGUAUGGCGUGGUGUCCAUGUGCAUUGGAACAGGGAUGGGAGCUGCUGCGGUUUUUGAAUAUCCUGGAAAGUAGUGCUGCACUGGUGUACAAAUGGAUGCCGACCCAAGCCUUUGGCCAUAACACUGAAGGCUAUUUGUCAGUUGGCUUGAAGCAGAACAGACUGCUGUACUAACGUAAUACAGUUGUGGAAAUACCAUGGGCACAAUUCCUUUAUUAUGUGUAAUAAAAGAUGUGCCUUAUUAUUUCUGUUACAUUUCUUGAGCUAAUGUUAAUGAUUGCAAAAAAAUGCACCAUUUGCAAUUUGAAGGUCAUAUUGAUAUCUUAUUCUGGUGAUGGAUAUUGAUGUAAGACUAUGUCACAUAAUUGAGGUUGUAUGAGAUAGGACAGGAGAUUACAUAUGAUAUGAUGAUAUGACUAAUGACUAUUGAGGUGAUCACUGUUUUUCCUGCUCUUUUCAAUUUGUAACUCAAUGUGUAUCGAGAUAUCAGCUGCUAAUUAGAUAUAAUGCAUUGCAGUUUUCAUAUAAGCUGAUCAUCCAUUGCACUUCCGUCUUUUUUUAGACAAUUUUCCAAUGAUCUUCUUCUGAUGAAUCUUCUGAUACUGCACUUCCAAUAUUGAUUGAAUGGCUAGUCUAUCAGGACCAUUCAUUGAACAUUGAUGAUUCCCUGUAAAUUCAAAUGCAGAUGUCUAAUUUGUGGAAUCUGUCCUUCCAUCUGCUUAGAGUUCUGCAAUUGUAUAAAGAUUAAAAUGAAUUAAAUGCAAUUUUUCACACUUCUCAACCAUUUUUCUCACAAUUCCUUUUCUUUUGCCUCCAUUUCAUGACGCCUUCCAGUCUUUGAGUUCAUACAGUUGCACAGGCAUUUUCAAAUUUCAGGUCACUUAGAAUCACUAAUGUGGUAGGAGCAGAAAUAAGGCCUGAAUGGCAUAACAUUUAACAAUUAGGCGGUUGAACCUAGUCACCGACUGAAACAAUGUUUCGAUGUAUUCCGACAGGUAUUUUUAGUAUGAUUUGUGGAAUUACUCUGAUAGCAAAUACAUAAUAUAAGACCGCUAUUUUAUUGAAGAUAAAGAUGACUUUAAAAUCACAAAGCAUGAAUUUGGUAAUCCAAGCAAUUGUGUAUUUUUUCUUUUAAUAAACAUUUUCUAAACA